AGCAGAAGAAGCUUCUGCAAGCGGCAGCUGGGGCGUUUGCCACCGCUCUGCGAUCGUUGGUCUUGGUGGUGGUGGUGGUUGCCUCUGCCAAACAAGCCCGUUCUUGUGGUCUGAGAUACCGUUAUAGCACGUGGCUGUUUGAUCUUGCGGACCUCUCGAGGCCCAGGUUUUGGUGUUGAGUUGCCCUGUCCCCCCUCCUGUGCCACGGUUGCAUUAAAAUUUUGUUAAUGGGAGCUUGUUAAAUUGUUAACGUUGGAAUGGAAAAAUGAGGUCCCGGUGCUCUGCCUUUCAGAACUACUUAUCCUAAAGGGACAACUCGCCCUUUAUAGUGUUAGUUUCCCUGUACGAAACAUUUCAAGCUAUGCAUGGUCACCUCUUGCCUCUCAGCUGCUCAUUGCAGAUCCUCAGAAGGGGUCUGUAGAUCAGAGUUAAAAACCUGGUUUAGGCUGCUGAGCUUCAUAGUCCUGAGAGCGAAAUGAAUGGUUGGUAUUUGCGAUGUGCUUUUUGGUAUCUGUGCAUCAACCUGUCUCCCAUGUUACUGAUAUAUUCGUGGUUCUUGCGGGCCUUUAAAGAAUGAACAAGCACAAAGCUGGGUGUCUAUAAGAUGCGUAUCAAUGUUUGUCUUUCAGAGCUUCAAUGGGAAUAGAGACUAUACUGAACUUCAGCUUUCUUCUGUUAUAUUUUUAAGAAUUCUUUUUUUUUUCUUCCUCCUUUCUGUUGGUUAAGUUAGAAGAUGAAAUGCUAAUAACUGAUUUUACUAGAGGGUUCUUUGCGUGUUUUGCGGAAAUAAAAUAACUGGUAGUCUCAAGCUUUCUAAUGCCUUCAUUUCUAGGAAAAAAAAAAAUGUAAGAGGGUGUAUUUCUCUAGUCAGUCCUUAAAUGAAGAACUUACCUCCCGAAUGGUGAUGCUUUUUGGCACUUUGCUAUAUGCGUGCUUCUCUUGUGUAUUAGGCAUUUAAAAUGAAGGCAGCUUUAUUACCUUGGUUAUAGGAUGAGAUGUCGAUGUAAUUGUUAUUAUUAUCUGAUAGAAAAAUUGACAAUUUGUUUUUGGAGAGAAAUGGGUAUGUGGUGUCACUUGCUCUCCUCUGGCACCCUUACUACUGACCUGCGAAGAAAAUCCCUGGAUGAGCUCUUUUAUGGUAAUUUGCUCUGCAGUCGGCAGCUACCUCAAGUGUGUUUCUGACCACCUGCAGCUGCUGUCAGCUGUGCAAACUGAAUUUUAAUUGAUUUAUAAAUGUAGCUAAUUAUGGGGGCUGUUUUAGUAUUGUGAAUUUUGUUUUGACUUAAACAGGAGGUUGGGUCUAUUUGUCACUUUUCUUUCAUGCUAGUAAAACACACAGAAAUAGAAGUUGUGUUGUAGCCCUUAACUGGCACUGUAUGUUAAGUCCCCACCUGUUUCAAAGUACAGCUAGCCGAAUUUGCUCUCUGUGGCCUGUAGUCCUUCCGAGAAUCAGCUAUUCUGAAAAAGACAAGUUUGAUUAUCUCCUGUAUUUUACAGUAGAAACAGUUAGACUUGCAGCUACUUAUCUGAUACUUUGUGAGAGAAUAGUUGCAACAGACUGUCAUGCUUUCACCUUCAGUGCCCGGGCACUGUCCCUUUAGAAAAAGGACCGUGACACACGUUGGACGCGGUAGCAGAGGACUGGCCUUGAAGAUCUAAGAGAUCUCUUCCAGCUCAUUGUUGCUUUGAUGAUAGAUGUGCCAUAAGGACGUAGAUAGAUCGAUUCAUUAUGCACAAUUUGAGUAAAGAGUGAGUUUGUGUUUGGCUGAGCUCUUCUACUUAUUAUAGGACUAAAUAAAUUGAAGCCAGGUUUCCUUUUGUGGAAAUAAAUAAUCUUUGUUGCCCCAGCCCUAUGUAUGGUUUCCAUUGCUAACUCACCAGUAAAACAUAAAUAUUGUGGUUAUAUAUUACCUGAUUAUUAACAUUCAGCCAAAAGGCACCAGAGCCAGGGUUCCUUGAAACAAUAUGUGCUUUUGAUGGAUGAGAAUGCAGAGGAGGAGACGGCAGUCGUGACUCAGUCCUCAAUGAGGUUAGAAACCUUCUUGCUGCAAUGAAAGCGUAUUCUUGCCAAGGGACCUCAGGAAAUGCACCGACUCUGCCUUCUAGGCAAGCUGGCGUAAUUAACUUAAGUGUGGGAUAUAGCUUUCUGCAGACAUAUGUGAUGUUCCUUUUGAGCAUAAUAAAUCAUUUUUGUAUUAAAAGCUGGAGGGAGACCCGUAGUCGUAAAACCCCCUUUUGCAACAAUCUUGCUGUCCUUGCAUAUGGUUGGCGGUGAAAAAGAGUGGUCAGUGAGCUCAGUACUUAAAGGAUUAAGCUAAUAACCCCUGCUAUUAUUGCUGCAGGGAACCCCAAUCUAUAUGCAAGCUUCUUUUACACUGGGGAGUAAAUCACAUUAGCUGUUUUAUGCGCCAUUAUUGUAAAGUGGAUUCUCAUUUGAGAUACUGCAGUGGCUUUAUGGCUCGCUGAGCAGGGAGGUGGACUUUUCCCCUUGCCCAGCUUUAAUAUUCCCCCCGUUCUUCUCAUCCCAGAGAAGGGACAAAAAUGAAUGUUCGGCAGCCACUGGAUCGAGUGCUUUCUCAGCAGAAUGGCCUUAAUUAGACCUGGAGAGGUUGCUGCAGAUGAAGUCCCCAGAGUUUUUGUCUGUGUAUCUUCUUGUGUAAUCCCAGCAUUGAAAGAAAUUGUCAUUCCUUCAUAGCAGCCAUGUUACUGAAGAUCACCUUGUCUUCUGGAAGUAGAAACACAGUGAACAGAUGAAUCUAUUCAGCCAGACAUUCUUCCAGUAGAUCUCUCUCCCCAUGGAGCACCACAGCAGAGAGGAGAUGGACUCAAAAGAGGAAAGUCCUCAGGUGUGGGCUGACUCUGCUGAGCAGGAACAGAAUACUGCUCAGGUGCACUUUGUCCCUGAGGGGGGGACAGUGGCACAGAUUGUGUACAGUGAUGAGCAGGACCGUCCCUCGCAGCAGGUUGUCUACACGGCGGAUGGCACCUCCUACACCUCCGUGGACACCUCGGAGCACACGCUCGUCUACAUCCAUCCCGUGGAAGCUACACAGACUCUGUUUACAGAUCCGUCCCAAGUGGCUUACGUCCAACAGGAUGCCACCACCCAGCAGGUAACUGUGCUUUUGCCUGCUGCUGCUCAGAGCAUGAAUCCCACCAACCUGUCCGUGCUCGGCAACGUUGCCGAAUCCCCCCAGCAAAUGGCUCUGGAGCAGGGUCCACAAGCAGAUAGAGCAUCAUUACCGGUGCAUAACCAGGUGUUACCUCCUAUGGAGGCAGUGGAUGGUUCUGACCCUUUAGCACCUUUGCAGAAUCAAAUGGGAAGGAUGGAAGCAAAAGAGGAAGAUGAUGACGAUGAAGAUGAGGAUGAAGAUGGGGAAGACACUGACAUGGAUGAAUGGGAUCCGGAUCCACCUCGACCCUUUGAUCCCAAUGAUUUGUGGUGUGAAGAGUGUAAUAAUGCACAUCCCUCUGUGUGUCCAAAACACGGACCUUUGCAUCCGAUCCCAAACCGGCCUGUGCUGACCAGGGCAAGAGCCAGCCUGCCCCUGGUGCUCUAUAUAGACAGGUUUUUGGGAGGUGUGUUCUCCAAAAGGCGUAUCCCAAAACGCACACAGUUUGGACCUGUGGAAGGACCCCUGGUUAGACAAACUGAACUCAAAGACUGCUAUAUCCAUUUGAAGGUUUCUCUUGAUAAGGGUGACAGAAAAGACAGAGAUUUGCAAGAGGACCUGUGGUUUGAACUUUCUAGCGAGGCUCUUUGUAACUGGAUGAUGUUUGUGCGUCCUGCUCAAAACCAUCUGGAGCAGAACCUGGUAGCGUAUCAGUACGGCCACCAUAUUUAUUACACAACCAUUAAAAACGUGGAGCCCAAGCAGGAACUCAAGGUGUGGUAUGCUGCCUCUUACGCAGAGUUUGUGAACCAGAAGAUCCACGACAUAUCUGAGGAGGAAAGGAAGGUUCUCAGAGAGCAAGAGAAGAACUGGCCAUGUUAUGAGUGCAAUCGUCGUUUCAUGAGCUCAGAGCAACUCCAGCAGCACCUCAACUCUCACGAUGAGAAACUGGACUUCUUCAGCAGAGCCAGAGGCCGAGGUCGUGGGCGAGGAAAGAGGAGGUUUGGACCAGGCAGACGCCCGGGGCGCCCUCCCAAAUUCAUGCGUAUGGAAGUAACCAGUGAAAAUGGCGAAAAGUGUGAAGAAGGGACGCAGGACUUGCUGCAUUUUUCCAGCAAGGGGCAGUUUGAUGAGGCCGGACAAGCCACACUGAAUGGGUUGGAGCAGCAGGAACAGACUCCAGUGCCAUCAGAGACGCAGUCGGCACUGGAGCAGCAGUCAGAAAACCACCCGCUACAAAUCCAGCCGCAGCAUGAUGAGAGCACGGUGCCUACGCAGAGCACCAUGACAGCAGAUGACAUGAGACGAGCGAAGCGUAUCAGGCUGGAGCUGCAGAAUGCAGCUCUUCAGCACCUGUUCAUACGGAAAUCCUUUCGCCCGUUCAAAUGCCUCCAGUGUGGGAAGGCCUUCCGCGAAAAGGACAAACUGGAUCAGCACUUGAGGUUUCAUGGACGGGAAGGGAACUGCCCUUUGACUUGUGACAUCUGCAACAAGGGCUUCAUCAACAGCGGUGCUCUCGAGAGCCACAUGAAGUUCCACAUGGACCAGAAAACAUACUCCUGCAUUUUCUGUCCCGAGUCGUUUGACCGCUUGGAUCUGCUUAAAGAUCAUGUGGCCAUCCAUGUCAAUGAUGGCUACUUCACCUGCCCUACCUGCAAAAAACGCUUUCCAGAUUUUAUCCAGGUCAAGAAACACGUACGCAGCUUCCAUUCAGAAAAGAUAUACCAGUGUACAGAAUGUGACAAGGCUUUCUGCCGUCCUGACAAGCUGCGACUCCAUAUGUUGCGACACUCAGACCGCAAAGACUUCCUGUGCUCCACAUGUGGCAAGCAGUUCAAAAGGAAAGACAAACUGCGAGAGCACAUGCAGAGGAUGCACAACCCAGAGAGGGAGGCCAAGAAAGCUGAUCGAAUCAGCCGCUCAAAAACAUUCAAGCCUCGGAUAGCUUCCACUGACUACGAAAGCUUCAUGUUCAAGUGCCGACUCUGUAUGAUGGGUUUCCGCCGGAGGGGGAUGUUGGUGAAUCAUUUAUCAAAGAGACACCCAGACAUGAAAAUAGAAGAGGUGCCAGAGCUCACGUUGCCCAUCAUCAAACCCAACAGAGAUUACUUCUGUCAGUACUGUGAUAAGGUGUACAAGAGUGCCAGUAAACGCAAAGCACACAUCCUGAAGAACCAUCCUGGUGCUGAGCUACCUCCAAGCAUCCGGAAACUGCGCCCUGCGGGCCCAGGAGAGCCGGAUCCCAUGUUGAGCACCCACACCCAGCUGACAGGCACCAUAGCCACUCCUCCGGUCUGCUGUCCUCACUGUUCCAAGCAGUACAGCAGUAAGACAAAGAUGGUACAACAUAUUCGCAAGAAGCACCCAGAGUUUGCUCAGCUCCCUAACACGAUACACGCUCCGCUGGCGACAGCUGUCAUCAGUUCCACUCCUGCUGUUCUAACCACCGACAGCACUACUGGAGAGACUGUUGUGACAACAGAUUUACUGACACAGGCAAUGACGGAGAUAUCCCAGACCCUCACAACAGACUAUCGAACUCCCCAGGGAGACUACCAGCGAAUCCAGUACAUCCCUGUGUCUCAAUCCACAACUGGCUUGCAGCAGCCUCAGCACAUACAGCUGCAGGUUGUUCAAGUGGCCCAGGCUACCUCACCUCACCAGUCCCAGCACUCCACAGUGGACGUUGGGCAGCUUCAUGACCCCCAGACAUACACGCAGCAUGCUAUCCAGGUGCAGCACAUCCAGGUCACAGAGCCAACGCCAGCAACUCAGUCAUCAUCACAGGUUGGGGGUCAGCCUUUGAGUCCCUCCUCACAGCAAUCUCAGCAGGAACUCAGCCCCUCACAGAUGCAGACAACUACAUCGACACCAAACCAAGCCCUCCAGCAGCAGCAAGGAUCUUCAGUUCAGCACACGUAUCUUCCCAGCACGUGGAACUCAUUUCGGAGCUAUUCAUCUGAGAUUCAGAUGAUGACCAUUCCCCAAGGCCAGUAUGUGAUCACAGAGACCGCUGUAGGUACACCGGUCACCACUGUCAACACAGGGCAAGUGAAAGCAGUUACUCAGACUCACUAUGUGAUAUCUGAAGGACAGUCUGAUCUGGAUGUCAAACAAAACUCUUCGCUCUCCAGCGAGGUACAGGUCGGCGUUUCCCAGCCACCAGCCCACACAGACACCUUGGAAUCGCAAACGAGCAGUCAGCAGCAAACCACCCAGUACAUAAUCACUACAACCACCAACGGGAAUGGCGGCAGUGAAGUGCACAUCACUAAACCAAGAACUUUCUCAGCAGAACACGAAUGAAGAAGCCUCGUGGUGUCAUUUGCUUGUACUUGUAACCUGCCCCGAAAGCCCAGAUAUAUGGGCAUCCUGGAGCUCAAUAUGUUUUAAAAGUAUAUGCUCACUUAUCUUCAACUAAAAUCUUGGAGCUCUUGUUAAUGCUUUAAAAGGGUUUAGGUCCCCAGUGACCACGAAGAAGUACCCUCAGAAUCCUUCUGGGAUGCUAUUUUAUGCAGCUUUUAACAAAAAGGACAAGAGGAGAAGUGAAACCUCUGCUUGCUCUGGACUUUAUUUUUGGCAUGUCUGCUGACCCUUAUUUUUCCUUUUUGGAAGUGUCUCCAGUAAACAACUUCUUAUUUCAAUUGUAUGGGAAAAAGCUUGCCUAACCGAAGGCUAACUGGCAGGUGAUGUUGUGUGUAUAUUUUUAAUAGGAGCCGUUAAACGGGAGGACAUCAUGUAAAUUGCCAGAAUACGGCAGAACUGCUUCCUGUGUCUUUGUUUCAGCAGCCAAGGUGAAAGGGAAUGUACCAGCUCAGUGCGAGCAGACUGCCUGGAGAAAAAGAGCAGCAGCAGCAAAGCGGUGGCUCCUUGCGUAUGUGGGCGGGGAUGGAUAUAACGAUGAAGCUGUGAAGAUGUGCCGAAGCAGUCCAUUAAAUUAUUUUUUUUUCCAGCCCUCAAACUGUUUACAUGCUGUCUGCCCUGCCCUAUUUUUACCAAGCAGUUCCAGAAAGAAGGAAAAGUGCAGUCUUAAGCCCGGGUCGUGCGGAACGAACUGAUUGAAAUCAUAGUAGCACAUAAGGGUAGUAGGGAGCCACUGUCAUCUCUUUUCCCUUCCAGUAUUUGCAGGGAAAAUGGCCUUUUUGCCUGUAAACAAAAAAGGCUCAGCAUAGCCUGCAUAGCUAGCAGCUUCUGCUGUGACCGAAAGAUAGUUGUGCCGGGAGAAAAUGAGGGUACAGGAGCAUACCUCUGAAGAGGCAGGGUAGUUAUCUCUGUUGCCACCUCAAAGUGGACAUAUUUUUCUCCUCAAAGACUGGAUGGAGAGUUGGUUACUCUGAUUUUUCCAAAUAACCUUGUUAACAAUGCACUGUAAUUCCUUUGGACAGUUCCAUAACACGACCAGCCCUGGACUCAGGAAAACAUAAGAAACAUGCUAGUGGACCACUAUUUAUGGGACACAGAAAGCAAUCUGUGAGGGUUGCCUGCUUCGGUGGACCUGGUCUAUGUACAGAAUUCAUGUUAUCUUUAGGGACCAGGAGAAAGGGAAAGAGAAGGUUUAUCUUUUAAGGCAGUGUAUUAUUUUUUUUUUUUUUUUCACCCUUACAUAAUUCUCCUUCACAGUUCUUGUUGGUUGGUUAUUUAACGCAUUCUGGUAUUUGCAAGAAUAUGACUACAGCUCCAUUGACUCCUCAUGGGAUAUACUGUGUAUGUCUAAACCUCCAUUAACUGCCUGAAAACUCCUCCCAGAAUGUCUGUGCGUAAUAGGAUACAUUUAUUUAUAAAACAAAAGCAAAGAAGGAUGUUUUGUCUUAAUGGCCGUUGAGACUGAAGAACUGAGAGAGGGUUUUUUUGAUUCAUUUUCUCUUGGGCCGCACUGAGUGUGAAUGCGGGACUCUUUUGCGUAAGUACUCCCACAGAUUUAGAUGAGGAUUACCCGUGCAAGUCAGCGCUACGGCUGUUUACAGGUAGUGGUAUCAGGCCUUAUGCAGUUAAAGCUCUUAAGACGUGAGAGAACUUCGCGCUCAGACUGGACGAGAGAAAGUCUGGUUCCUUGUGGGCAAAGCCUUGUAGCAGGUAUUGCUUUGGUAAUUAACAUAUCUGUUAAUAUGGCGUGGACAUAGUUACUGUGCGUGGUAAAAUAAAUCAGAUUGAAAACACUGGCUAGCUCAGAACUGUUCUGAGGUAGCUUUCAAGUGACUUGCCAAAACGUGGAUUAAUUUGUUCCUGGGAUUUUGCUUCUUUUGCUGUACCACCGUAGUGGGGCAUUAAUGAGAUUGGCGAAGUUAAUGAGGACCAGGGCUCCCAUUUAGUCAAGCACAGUGAUGAGUGUCUUCAAAUUCAGUGCAUUUGGGAGCCCAUCAACUUCAGCAGCGUGGCCAAGCGACUGCAGUUCCCACUAAUUCAUUUGGAGUCGUGUCGCUGAGGGCUUCUGAGUUACAGCGUUGGGUGUUGCAAUGGUGUCGGUGUGGGAGAAGAGAAGGGAGAUUUUGUCUUGGCUUUCUUCAGGCUGCUAGAUGAUGUAAUAACGAGUCAGAAAUAGUGUGAGUAGUAGGAAAAUGGGAGACUUGGAAAUGGGAUAUUCCAGGUGGAUACUGCCCUACAGGAACAAUUUUAAAGUCUUAAAAGGUCUAUUGUCUUUGUAGAUGAACAUCAAACUUGUUCCCUUAAUGAUACUGCAGAUGCGGGGUUUCAAUAUUCUGCUCUAUUCACCUUUGUUGGAAAGGAUCACAGACUGAGGACAAUUGUAGCAGUUAUUUAAAGCUGAAGACUACAACGUGCUCCAGAAAACAAUUUUAAAACGGCCUCUUUGAACUCAAUCUUCCCUGUCAAAGUUUCUACUCUGUCCCACAGCAACAGCAGUGUCCUCGGUACCCGCAUUAAGUGAUUCAUGGUGUCCCAAGUUAAACGAAUGCCUCAUUGUAAAAGAAGCAUCCCUGGAAAUGGAAGUUAUCGUGAAUUUUCCUCCCAAAGUAAGGAGCUACAGUGAUUGCACAAGUGGCAGGGUCUGCUUUUAGAAAGACGACAAAAAAAGAAGGACAACCGUUUGCAUGGAUUUUUUUUCCAGUUUCUGCAGUGCAGAAGGUAUAGGAUUUAUUAUUAUUUUUAAACCAGAACUACCCAAAGAUCUAUCUCUGCAGUCAUGUCCCAUAGGAGUUUUAACUCUGGAGUCGUCCCGGUUGUCUGCAGGGGCCAUGUUUUGCUUGAAGAUGGGGCACCGCUGCAGCCUCCUCGGAGGCCUAACGCUGUUCCAUGUAGGUGUUUGGGGUCCGAUUUGGUAUUUUCCUAGAGGAAAAAAACAAACCAACAAACAAACAAAACCCAAGCACCCUGAACUUGCACCACUCGGACUGCUCGGGCUGUUUUGCUCUGCCCCUUCUCUUAUUUAAUUGUGUAUGUUUGUUGUACAUUCAGUGACUGUUAUCGUGUUCAUAGUCUCGUGCAACCUGGCAGGUGUUAAAAAAAAAAAAAACAACAAAAAAAAAACCCCACACAA